AUGUGCUGCGGAAGACGGUCGUGGCCUCGCUUUUUCGCUCACCUUACCCUGCGAGGUGACGGCUCCCGGGCCUCCGUACGUGGCCGGCGGCUACGCGGCCGCGGCGGUGGCCACACCCCGCUUUUACUGUACGGUGAUUGGGAAGCGAAGUCCGGGUCCCCGGAGAGAUUCCCAUACAAAAACAACGCGUCUGCGAAAGGUUCAACGUUGGAGUUGGCGGCUGCUCAUCCCUGCCUGGCGCCAACCGACCCAAACGGGGCCGGGCCGGUGCCUCUGUUUGUCUCCGCAGGACAGAAAGAUCACAGGAGGUCAGAAUGGUCAACAAUUGAAAAAGAGUCUCCUUCUGAGUAUUACAGCUUUGACGGUAUCGAAAUGGAUGGUAGAGAGUACAAUGACAGGGGCGUUAUCCAGGCAGCGCAUCUAGAACCGGUCAGCUGUCCUCUGGGCCCGGUUGAGGGAACCGGGACAAAAGAAGGGUGCCAGGAUUACGUGGUCUGUGGAGAUGAGUACACCGUAGACAAUGAUGAAGCUAGCUUAAGCCUCGCUAAUCAGAAUGACCACGUCCAUAGCCUCAUGGAGGAGGAUGAGAGCAUCCUCGUCUGCCUGGCCAGCGAAGGACUGAAGGCACGUAAUAAUGGCGUUCACUUGGGCCCGGUCACCAUUAAUAGUGAAGCACUGGCAGACACCACUGAGACCGUGAAGUCUGCUCAGUCUCUCACGAAGAUGAGCACUUCAGAAAAGUACACCUCCCCUCUGCCCAGCGUUCCCAGCUGUGACCUUAUGGUCGGCAGUGAGCUGGCUCCACGUGCUUCAGCUCUAACCCGUCCUCUGGAUCCAGAAACUGCUGACAAGCACGUCAUUACUGAAGUUCACAUGGCAGAUCUGGACUAUCUUGCCGAGGAAUUUAUCAAACUCAGGACGGCUCAAAAGGAACAGAGAGAGCGAAAAGAGAAAAUGAAAAGGUCAGGUUGUAAAUUGAGCGAGGAAUGUGGCUGUAUCCAGCGUGCUCAGCAGGCAGAGUUGGGCCUCCUGGCCCUGCAGUACAGCGUGUGCAGACAGCACUGCUGGAGACUCUACUAUACCUCUGCUGAGGGAGAGCAGCUCACCGCACUGCGUGGAGAUAUGGAUCAAUACUGGCCAAAGGACCCUCCUGCAAACAUUUUAAGUGUUCUGCAAAAACUGGAAUCUGACUAUAAUCAGAUGAGGGAUGAGAUCCUGGAAGGGGUUCCCCUGGAGCAACUUAAGCCUCUGUCUGUUGACUCUGAGAAGAUAAUCAUAGGAGCAAGUUACAUCCCUGCGCAGAUCACGGGUGGUGUGCAGGGAAAUCUUCCUUCUUGGUGCUCCCUGGAGCCACAGGAGUGUCCUACAUCAGGUGAAGAAAGUGGAUGUCCCGGUGAUCCAAACAGCAAUGGCUGCCAGGACAGUCGGAGACUGGAAAAACAGGACAAGAUGGAGAACAGCAACUCAAGAAGAGCAGUCUCCGGUGUCCCCCAGGACAGAGGUGCUAAUUGUGAUGCACACAAGCCGGAAGACAAGCAGACAAGUGCCGCACGCAAAGAGCUAAGCACGAGCGAGGAAUGGUACGAUGCAGAAGAAGACCUGGAGCCUGCAGGACCUGCAGUAACUGCUGAGACGGGACAGGACCCAACAGUGAUUGCACAAGAUAGGACCAAUGAGUCUGCGAGUGAGGAGGCCAAGAGCUCAGUACUCUGUGUUUCCAACCUACCCAGUAAUGUGACCGAGAGUGAUGUGAUGCUGUGGUUGGAGAAAUACCAGGCCUCUGACGUUAGUAUCUCUGUUUUAAAGAAUGACUUGAGAGUUGCCAUAGCGAUGGUAGGUGGCCCCCAAUAUGCAGAGGCUGCAGCGAGAGAGCUGAGUGGCUUCAGCGUGGAAGGCCAUACUUUAAAUGUGGAGCACAUCGGUGGGGCUGUAGUCGGGGGCCGGGGCCGGGGCCAGACCUCAGCGUCCAUUAGUGAGGCUGAGUCCUCACGGGAUGCCACCAAACCGCAACCGCCCAAGACUGACCCCAGUGGCACUGAAAGGAAGUCGAUGUCUCGGCCGCCUCGUAGCUCCAGCAUCAAGAACAGGAAGGUGGUCUGCAUCUCGCCCACGGCGAAGGGAACCUGCGUGCCCCAACACUACGGCACCAUGGGCAGCUUUGAUACCCUGAUGGCGGAGCUGACGCAGCGCCACCCGGGUAUCGGGAGGAAGAGGAUUGUGGAUGCCCUGUCGGAGCUGAGGGCCAAGCACCGGGGCGUCCUAAGCGGCCUGCCCCUCAGGACCAUCGGGGAGAUGGCGUCCGAGCUCCUGACCAGGCCAGCGAGCGCCACACAGUCAUGAGGAAGCGCGGCUCAGUCAUUGAGAAUUUAAGUCUUACCAGUGAUUUGUUGUUGCAAGUUUUUGUUAGAAUAGAAUCACAACCCCUCAACCCCUUUUCCUUACAACUCAAAUAUUCCAAAGAAGGGAGAAGCAAUUAAUCUAAAAGCAGUAAGAUGUUAACCUCAGCUGAAAAAGUUAAGAUUGCCUUAAAAAGUAGUUGUAAAACUUUGUCGCAGUUUUCCAUCGUGUCCGUGUUCAUUCCAGGUAGCAUCAGAUUGGUUUCAGAUUUUUGGUUGAUUAGGAGGUCGGGGUUUGUUGUAGCAGUCAGCUGAUACAUCUGGAGUUUGAGGGUUUCACGCAGCACCUCCUCGGCCAGUUAUUGGUCAGUUAAAUUAGUUUUAAAGAAAAGAGUUCAAAGAGACUUUCUAAAAUGGUGUUUAGGUUUCAGUGGAGUUGUAUUUUACAUCCAGUAUCAAUAAAAAGGACACGCAUUGAAGUAUUUUCUUAACUUUUGUCGUCUUCCCUGCGAGCCCCUCUCUGUGUUUCUUUGACUAAUAGUCCUACCUGGAUUGACCAGUCUACUGGGGCUCAGUUAACAAGGAAAGCCAGGUGGAGACGGCUCCCUCUGACCCCCAGAUCUUGGUUUGGACGAGGACCCGUCCCGUACAUUGACUCCUGUACCAUCUGUGAGCACCUGAUCACCGUUUCUCUGACCUGCCUCCUAAGGCUUUUUCAUGCAGCCAGUGAAAGGAGAAAAACGAGGAAAAGAGAACCGGUCGUGUUGCAACCAAUCCGUGGCA